AUGAACCAAGGCUUUUCAUCAUCGUCGUCGUCAAGAUUGCAAUCCCGAUCCAGGUUGCAAGAAUGGGACAUAAACGACACGAGCAUACCCCAAGUAACGGAAUUCGACACGUGGGAAGAAUGGGCAAACGGUCACUGCAGGAUGGUUUACCCUUCGAGUUGCGAAGAAGCAAAACGUCACACUUCCGGUUGGGCAAUGAGAAACACGAAUAAUCACAACGUUCACAUAUUAAAAAAAUCAUGUCUCGGAGUAUUGGUUUGCUCACAGAGAUGCGUUUUACCCAACGGAGACGAAGUACAUUUGAGGCCUGCUAUUUGUGAUAAAGCAAGGAAAAAACAACAAGGAAAACCUUGUCCGAAUCGACAAUGUUUAGGAAGGCUCGAAGUAUUAGCUUGUAGAGGACAUUGCGGAUAUCCGGUCACGCAUUUUUGGAGGCAUACGGAACACGCAAUUUUUUUCCAAGCGAAAGGUACUCACGAUCAUCCCCGACCGGAAGCCAAAUCAACUUCCGAAGCUAGAAGAAGUUUGGGUGCCGGAAGGAGGGUGCGAGGUUUGGCAGUGAUACUCGCACGAGAAACCGCUAUGGGUAGCAAAAUAAUGUCUUUAAGGGAGGGAAAAGUUUCGGAAUCCGGUCACAGAUUGCAAAAUUCAUCCAUGAAACCCAUGCUAUGUUCGAGUCAUCAACCUCCUCCACCGCCUUUGAUAUCGGAUAAUAAUAACAAAGACUCUUGUUCGUGUUCACCCUUCGAUUGCAUAUGCAGUGAUUUUAUCAAUCAAGUACAGUCCUACCAACAAUUUACGAAUCAUUCAUCGUCAUUAAACGGCUACGAUACUUCCCAUUAUUCUCACACGCUAGGAGGAGGAGGGGGAGGGGGAGGAGAACAAAGUUCAAACGGUUACUACAACGCUAGUCAAAAUAACGAUAUGCUUGUUCAAUCCUGCCAAGAUUUUCCAUCUUUUCACGGUGAUUUAUUUCAACCCGAAGAAAUAUUUCAAUUGGAUCAACCGUUGAGGCCUUCGGAUCAAGAACAAACAAAUUGCGAAAGGUCACCGACAAUCAUAUUAGAUCUCGGAAACGGAACGAAUGAAAAAAAUUCCGUCAAAUUCGAACAGGAAGGAAUUUGGACGAAUCAAAAUCAAUUAGGAAUAGCAGACGACGGAAGUAGUAACGAUUGCACGCGUUAUUCUAAUCUAUCACCCAAUUCAAACGUUUUUCAACAAUUUUCAACGGAUUUUAAUAAAUUUCAAGAUUACCAAGAGUAUUAUAAUAACAACAACAACCACAAUCAUAACGAAAGCUUUAAAUCUGUGGAAAAUUACGACGGACGAGAAAAUUUACAAUUUUUCUACAGUAAUAAUAAUAAUAAUAAUAAUAAUGUUCCUUGUGAAAAAUAUAAAAACGUUGUACCAAAUUUUAUAAAUUCGGAAAUCGAUGGUCGUAAUUUGUGUUUUACCUCACCCGCGGAUACAAAUCUAACAAAUUCAGAUUGUCGAGGGGAUUAUAGGUAUUUAUCUACGACGGAAGAAAUGAGACAAGAAGAGUUUCCGGUUACGUCGGAAAACGAUUGUAAAUUAGACGUUAAAAAUUAUUCAAACGAUUAUGGGAUUUUCCAAGACGUUAUGCCGAUCCAGGAUAAUUUCAACGAUUAUUAUUCUUAUACGGUAAAUAAUAAAAUAUGUGAUAAUUUCGAACCUGUUUCCGGUGAAGAAAAAACAGUGACGCAAUCCUAUUAUUUUUUCGAUUACGGAAUUGAUUCGAGACCGGAAAUGAAUCCGACAAACAAUUCAUCCUACUAUCAAUCCCACCAACACCAAAUAUUUCACAACAAUCAAUCAUCUCAUUUUCAACAUGGUGGAUCGAAUUAA